UUGAAAGUGGUAUGAACAUGCAACUAGUUUGAGAAACACCAUAAAGCCUUUGGGAAAAGAGAGACUAUUUCCUCUUCCUCCUCCUCUGCUCGACCUCCUUUUUGUAUCCCCUGCUUUCCGUCACUGACUUGAUUUGUUGUUUUGAUCGCCACGCGGAGGAGCUGCUGCAUCUGUGCAGCACGGGGAGAAUACAGUAACAACUAGCCUGCAACUUCCAGCGGAAUCUUUAAACUGCCUCUCCUGAGGUCUUCAGAUGGAGCCAAAGCAAUAAGGAAUGCCAUUGGAUGCCCGUGGAGACGCGCUCCUUCCGUGACACGUCAGCCGUGGGUCGAUUUCCAAGUGUCACACUCGCUGCGGGUGACGAGGACCCCGAGGAGGCUCCCGAGGAGGCUCCCGCGAAGGCCCCUGAGGAAGCCAAAGACGAUGUGUGCCGGCAGUGGCUGCGCCGCGUGGGCCGGUGCUGCUGCCCAGAGACGGACGACGACGUCACCAAUACGCUCGUCACGGCGCUGGAAGAGGGCAAGGACGAGGGGGAGCUCGGCAAGAGGCCUGCGCCCGGUGAUAGCGAGCUCGCCGAGCUGCCCCUCAAAGUGAAAUCAAUAGACCUGAUGAAGGGCAAAGCAGGAGCCGAGCGCCUGGCGCACCGCACGCACCUCUACCAAUGCGACGACUUCAUCAUCCGGAGAGGCCAGACGUUCCACAUGUGGCUCACGCUGUCCCGAGCGUUCCAGCCCGACACGGACAAACUUCACUUGGAACUCAAAACAGGGUCUCUGCCAACGGUGUCAAAAGGAACGCACGUCAUUAUCCCACUGGUGGACGAGCUGCGGGACAACCGCUGGCAAGUCGCCCCGGAUGAGUGGGACGGCGCGAGGAUGAAGCUGUCCGUCAACUCCCCGGCCAGCGCUGCCGUCGGGCGCUAUCGGCUCCAGGUGGAAACGGAGUGUCCGAGCGGACGGGCUAUUUCUGCACACGACCCCGCUAAUGACAUCUAUGUGCUGUUCAACCCCUGGUGUGACGAGGACGCAGUGUUCAUGGACGCUGAAGACGAGCGUCAGGAGUACGUCGUCAACGACGUCGGGCGCAUCUAUUACGGCACGCAGGACCAAAUUGCGGUCCGGACGUGGGACUACGGACAGUUUGACGACGGCAUACUGGCCGCGUGCCUCUUCGUCCUGGAAAAGAGCGGAACUCCUCCGUCUGGGUGGGGGGACCCUGUUAAUGUGGUGCGAGUUGUGUCAGGCAUGAUCAACUCUCGCGAUGACCAAGGUGUCGUGGAGGGAAACUGGUCGGGGAAUUACAUUCAAGGAACAUCUCCGACCGUCUGGAGCGGAAGUAUGGAAAUACUGACGGAAUACCACAAAAACAACGGCACUCCCGUCAAAUACGGCCAAUGUUGGGUUUUUGCUGGGAUCGUCACCACAGUUUUGAGGUGUUUGGGCAUUCCCAGCCGAACGGUGACCAACUUCAGCUCCGCACACGACACCGACGUCUCCUUGACGACAGAUGUGUACCUUGACGAGGACCUGCAGCCCUUGGCUCAUCUGAAUGCGGACUCCGUCUGGAACUUCCACGUGUGGAACGACUGCUGGAUGGCUCGUCACGACUUGCCUGCGGGAAUGGGCGGCUGGCAAGCGCUGGACGCCACGCCCCAGGAGACCAGCCAGGGCACGUUCCGCUGCGGCCCCGCUUCUCUCGCCGCCAUCCGCGAUGGUCAGGUCUUCCUCAAGCACGACGCCCAGUUCGUGUUUGCCGAGGUGAACAGCGAUAAGAUCUACUGGCAGAGGAACCCGGACGGGACCUUCUCCAGAAUAUAUAGCGAGAAGAAGGUCGUGGGCCACCUCAUGAGCACCAAGGCCGUCGGCUCGGACGAACGAAGCGACAUCACACACCUUUACAAGCACCCUGAAGGAACGGCGGCUGAGCGCAUCGCUGUGGAAAUGGCAUGCCGCUACGGUUCCAAAGCGGAGGCGUACUCCUCCCCCGUGGUGGAGGACGUGGCCAUCGCGGUGGCCAUGGACGGCGACGGCCCCCAAAUGGGGCGGGACGCCGAGCUGACCGUCACGCUGCGAAACAGCAGCGCAGAGCACCGACGCGUCGUCCUGCAUAGCCAAAUAGCCGUCAUGUACUACACCGGCGUACACAAGGCAACCGUCAGGACGGAGCACACCGACCUGGACCUGCUGCCCACUGAGGUGAAGGUUUUGGAGUGGACCCUCGAGUACAAAGACUAUAAGGACCAACUGGUGGACCAGGCCGCCCUCAUGUUGACGCUGUCGGGCCGGGUCAAAGAGACGCAGCAGGUCCUCGCCACGCAGUUUAGUUUCCGACUCAGAACUCCAGGCUUGCUCUUAAAGCCCAUCGGGAAGGCCGUCGUCGGGGAGAAGAUACUCGUGGAGAUUUCCUUCACUAACCCUCUACCCCAGGUGCUGACGUCAGUCAUGUUCCACGUGGAGGGACUGGGCCUCACCACCGCUCGAAAGAUUCAUUACGGAGAUAUCAGGAGCCGAGCCACCGUCUCCUUCACCGAGCACAUGGUGCCCACGCUGGCCGGGCCCAGGAAAUUACUUGCGUCUUUGCACUGCCGGCAGCUGACGCAGGUCCACGGUGUGACAGAUGUCGCCGUGCGCCAAAGAAGCUAUGGGGCGCUAUAAGCGAUGACCUUUUCUAUAGAAAGGAUCAAGAAAAGCACAUAGUCAAACUUUAUUUAAAGCCUGACAUUGGGCACCGCAAAGGAAUAUAAAAGCCCUCGGGCAAAUGUGGGAUUUUACCUCGGAAAGCACUGAAAGUGAAAGCGUAUACUGGAGUCACACUCCGAAAUAAUUAACAAGCUGUAAGUCCUUGUCCUUGACAGUGCGCUUUUAGGCAUGGUUACGUUGGAAUAAUUUUUUACACACAGUGGGACCUCUAGAAGGUCAGUGCCGUGUUGAGCGGUAAGUAAGCAUGUGUACCUCUUAGCCAAAAGAUUCUCCUUUAUGGAGUUUGCAUGCACAUUCCAAACACAUUCAUGUUAGGUUCAUUAAAGGCUAAAUUGCCCAUAGGUAUGAAUGGGAGUGUGAAUGCUUGUUUGUAAUGAUGAUGAUAAUAGUCAUCAAUUAACAUUCAAUUAAUUGCUUUCUCCAAUGAUUCAGGCGGGUUGAUGUCCACCGUUCACAAAUUUAUGAAUGAAAUACAUCUGAUCCAUCACCCGUCCGCAGAGCUCGCAUGUCUGUCUGCCUGCACCGCGAUCAAAUUCAACCAAAAUUGCGUUAGACUAGCUACUCCAAAAGUUAGACAUGGUUUCAGAAGGCGUAGGUUUAGACCGGCUUUCAGUCACCAAAUUGUCACAUGCGGCGGGGCACAUGUCGAAGGACAAACCGUUGCGUCGGCACGCCCAUCUGGGCGCAGACCGGUCUGCCAAAUUGGCAAACAUUGGUUUUAAACUGGUUUAUUGUACUGUAUUCUAGUAACUGUUGUCUUUUCUGUACCAAAGCUUGGUUUGCUCCUCUUGACGCAGUUUUAAAUAACAUGAGCUGAUAGCAAACUGUGCGAAAACCUCACAUGCUUCUGGAUUGAAUGUGGACGGGGUGCACUCCAGCAUGUGGAGAGAGCCCUCGUGUUUGAAUGCAUUCACGAUUAUUCAUCCCUAACAGCAGCAUAAUUGGCAUAUGUACUAUUUUGUAACUUGUUUGUUAAAGCACCCCCACUCCGAGUGUGUUUUAUAAAGCUAUUAUAACAAUACGGCUAGUAUCCAGUAUCAUGCUGUGACUAGUAUCACAAUACAGCGCGAUAUAUAUGCUAAUAUCACAAUCGAACUAAUUUCAGAGUACAACUUUAAUUAUGACCUCACGAGUACCACGAUAUGGCGUUAUCAGGAUAUUCUUUGAAUUACAAAUCUGCUAUGAUCACAAUACAGCUAGUAUUGUGAUACGGAUGGUAAAAAAAAAUCAGAUGGUAUCAAGUUACAAUGAGUAUGACUUUACAGCUCAUAUCGCGUAUUGCCUGUAUCACGAUACAGCAUGGCCAGUAUAAAAAAAUCCUUCAGUAUCACGAUACGAUAAGUGUCACAAUAUGGCUUAAUAUCACAAAACAGCCACUAUCAUAAUACGGCCCGCAUCACAAGUCGGCUUUGAUUACGAUUACGACAUAACUUGUAUCAACUGGGAUCAUGAUACUCCCAAUAUUAGGAUACAGGUAGUAUCACAAUACAGUUACUAUGCCGGUAUGGCCAGUAUCACGAAACAGUUAGUUACAAUAUGGCCAAUAUGUAUAUUAAAAAAAAAUUAUAAUAAUAAUAAUAAUUAUAUCACGAUGCAAGUGUCACAAUAGGGCCAGUCCAGUAUUACAAAUCAGCUAGUAUUACGAUACAGCUCGUAUCUCAAUGAAGUUAGCAUUAUCAUCCAGCCAGUGUUACCAUAUCAGCUAGUGUGACAUCAUGACCGGUGUCACGUUAUUGCUCGUGUUAUGAUACUGCUUAGUAUCAUGAUACAGCCAGGAUCACAAAACAGCUUGUAUCAAUCUUGUAUAAUCAAGAUUCUAGUAUCAGGUUUCAGUCAAUAUCGGGACACCCGAUAUCGCAAUGAGAUUUUUAGCAUACAGAAGUAGGAUAGAGCUACUGUAGUUUUUCAUAGCCAAUACCAGGAUACAAAUAGUAUCACCAUACACAGAAUAUCUGAAUAUCUGAAGUAGUAUCGCCUACAUAUGUACAGCUAGUGUCACAAUGUGGCCAGUAUAACAAAUCAGAUGGUGUUAACGUUAUAAAACCUUGUUAUUUUUUCACCAAAGCCCGAUUUUCUCUUCUCUCACUGAUUUUUAAUCAUGUGAGCAAAGAGCAAACUGUGAGGAAACACAAUAAUGCUUUCCCAUUAAAUGUAGACCAGAUGAACUCCAGGAAAUGGAGAGUACACUCAUGUUUGAAUCAAUUCGCUAUUAUUAUUCGCUAACAGGGACAAAGUUUGCACAAGGUCUGUGGUUUUGCAGUGUGUUUGUUAAUGCACCCACACGCCAAGUUCAUUUUCUCUAGGCGCUUCAUGUUGGACACAUUCAGUUAAAGUUCAGCGGAUAAGAGACAAGUUAUUCGAUAUUCUGUCAGGGAUAGAAAAGAAAUGAGGAAAAAGAAUUACAUGAGGCCCAGUUUACCGAUACCUCACAUCUUGACCCGGUGCCCCCCAUUAAUGAUAUGUUUUUGCGUCUGAUACCGUGACAGAAUGUAGGCCACCACACAUUGAACAGGAAAAUAUGGGCGCCCAGUAUGAAAAACAAACGUGCUGCAUCUCAUUUAAAAGGAAGCCAACCAAAUGUACCGGUUCACUUAUGGUUAGCUGUGUCAAUGUUGGACAACUCGUGCCAUUUAUUCUUUCAAAUUGUAAUAAGAUCAUACAUUUGCACAACUCUUAACCAUGAGAUAUGUGCAGUCAUGCUGCGAUUCUUCUUCUUUUUCUUGGAAAGGUCUUUGUCUCACCCACUGCUGUUUAAAAAAAGAUGAAGCACUUUCUUCCGGUUCAGGUCACUGGCGGAGCCCUAUGGCACAAUACGACAGCAGGCCAUCAUCAUAAAUUAGCAACUACAGUAUAAGCAAAAAAAUCAUAAUACGCCAAGGAACAUGAUACAGCUACUGUCACAUGAUGGCGACUGUGAGUACUGUAUAACAAAACAACUACUAUCGCGAUGUGAACAGUGCCAUGAAUCAGCUUCUAUUACGAUUGGGCUAGUAACCCAAUACAGAUAGUCUUACGAUGGGGCUAGUAUGUUACAAGCAGGACCGCAAAUCAGCGAGUAUCAUGAUACAGGUGAUGUGGCAAAUAUCACGAUACGACGCGUAUCGUGACACAAUGAGUAUCAUCAUUCAACUAGUUUCACAAUACGCUUGAAUCACAAAUCAGCUAGUAUCAAGAUAUAAACUAGUGUUAUAAUGCAGAAAGUAUAAAAAUAUGACUAGUAUCACACUAUAGCUAGUAUCACAAUACAGCCAGUAUUGUGAUACGAUACAAAGUUGGCCAAAACUCAGCCUCGAUACACCUAGAAUACAUACAUCUAGUAUCAGAAUGUGACUAGUAUCAUGAUACAACUAGUAUCACGAAAGAACUACAAACUACAACCAGUAUCAAGAUACAGCUGGUGUUUUAAUUCGACCACGACCAAAAGACAGCUAGUAUCAAGGGUGGUAUCAACGAUCAGCUUGUUUUACGAUACAGCUAGUAUCAUGAUUGGCCCAAGAACAAAAGUCAGUCUUUCAGAUACCUCUAGUAUCGCAAAUAUGUAAGUGUCACGAUAUUAGUAUCAUGAUACCAUUUGUACCAUGAGUAGGUACGCGCACCCUUGUGCGUCUGAGACGCUGAUUAUGAAGCUACAGGCUCCCUCGUGUUUCAGUGUUUUACAUAAGUUUCAAUAUUGUAGUUGGUUUUUCUCAUGUGUGAUGCAAAUGAAUGGCGAUGAGUCAAACUAUGGAAGUAUUAUAUGGAAAUAUAUCUGUCGCAAAUUCAAACUCCAUAAAUUAAAAUGUCAUGGUCUGAAAGUACAUCUUUACCAUCUGAGUUUGGAUUUGAAUUUUUGGGUCGAACGCUAUCACCCAAAUGUAGGAUGACUAACAAUAUUGGCUGGCUGAGUCAGGUGCCUGGCAAAAUGCAUAAGAAUGGAGAAAAACAUUCUGAGAAAUACUUCUUCAUCCCAGCCAUAAUCCCUUCUUGGCAAAAUAGACAGCCGGAGGGCUUCUUUCAGCCUCUUCAGAAACUUUAUCGACCACCAUUUUCCUCGUGUCUGAUGUUGAGGCCUUGGCGAAAGACCUCUCCUCCCCUAAUCCGGACAUGCCCCACGAUCUUGUCGUGCCUCAUGGGCUGCUGCGCCGCUUCGGAUGGUGUCCAUUUCCAUCCAGCUGUCAAGGGUGCUGCGGUACUUUUGAUUUGAUUUGAUUGAACCUUUAUUUAUCCACGUAAGGCAAUUGAGAACAAAUUCUAAAUUUGUAAUUAUGUCGACCUGGCUGCAGACAGCAGAGUAAAACAAAGCAAAACAAGCGCAAAUACAUGUACAACAAACUGUACAAAUGUGACAGGCUAAAAACAGUUGUAGUGAUCACAGUAUGUAUGUAUGUAUCACCGUGCCGCCACAGCCUGUGACACUGAGCCAUUUUUUCAAGUAUGAAGUCUUGGAUCUUUUUCUAGUAUCCAAAGUGGAUUCCCAAUCAAACUAUGUCACAUUACUUAUUCAUUAUCAUCAUAUCAGUUCCUUUGCUUGCGUGUCUGUCCCCUAAAAAUGACAGCCGUCGUCAUCGGCAACUUUUUGCACAUCAAAGUGUUUGGCGGGGUCCAAACUUUUUACGAGUGACAAUGAUCCCUUCUUGCCGGUGAAGAAAAUGAUACCUCCCGUUCUUGUGUGGGUGAUUGUCAGAUCGCCUUGGGAAAGCUGUCAAAAAAAAAAAAAAAAAAGCUAUACGACUACCAUUACGACUCGCCCCGUCAUAUGUGUUCUGCUCUUUCCCAAGCCACUUUUGCGCUGAAAUAUUGAGCACUGAAGCUCAUCUGACAUGAACGCCGUGUUCUUUCAUUUGAAGCAAGCACGGUGAAUCACAGUCCCUCUUUUUAUGCCAUACGGAUUCCACAUAUUUACACCUUUGCUAACCCUAACCCCACAAUAAGUAGACCAUAAAUAAAAGCAUUUUUUAAAAUUAUUAUUUUAUCCCUUUUUCGGCAGUUGCGUAAAUUAAGCAAAAUACUGAAUUUUGCCAAUCGGAAGCAUCAGGGAACAUAAUGUAACUCAAACUGACAGCUGGUUCAUUAAAAAUGAUACAUCAUUCAACACACGUAGGCUAUAUUACGUUCAAGAAGACUACAUUGUCAAUGAUAUUUACAAAAUCACAUUAUCCUCUUUACACUCAAAUUGUCUUUGCUGUUUACAAAAAAUGCAUUUUGUGGUUCAUCGACUGUUUAGUUAUCUCUGAUGUUUACAAAAGCAUGUAAGUUAGAUUCAUUCGAGGCUACACUGCCUUUAAUGUUUACAAAAGCAUGUUAGGUAAGACUAAAUUGUCUUUGAUCUUGACAAAAGUUUGCAUUUUCAAUCUCAACGAUGACUUUAAAUUGUCUUUGAUGUUUGUAAAAACAAGUCAAUUUGGGGCUUCAUCCGGACACUGCCCCUGCUUUGCUGUGGUGUCUCGAGUAGAAAUUCAGUCCUCCCUUCUUGCAGUUUGUUUAUUUAGCUCGGUGACAGCGCGUCCAUCAAUCAAGCGCAGCGAUUGGUAAUUUGUCGUUGAUUUAACGCGUGUCGUUGACAGAUUUGAGUGAAUGUGACCGUGGGAGGAUAUGAGGAGACGGGCUGCUUGCGUGAGGUUUGAUUUUUUAUUUUUUUUUUAUUUUCAUCAAGUGCUGCUGUCUCAUCCACCUUCUGAUGUGUCACCCAUGAAAAUAAGCUAAUUUAGUUAUGACACGGUCUCUUGUCGCUGUGCAGAGGCAACACUUUGUCCCAAAAAUUGGAGCCGGCGAGCGCAGGCGGCACAGAGGAGGAACAUUACUCUCUAGCCAAUGUGAGGAAAACCUCUGAUGCAAGAAAGGCAUCGAGAUUUUGCUGAGUUCCAGGUGUCAAGCACAUUCGUACUUCAUUUUAUUACCGUAAUUUCUCGUGUAUAAUGCACACCCAUGGAUAAUACGCACCCCCAAAGUUGACCUCAAAAUUCUGGAAAACCCUUCUACCUAAGUAUAAUGCCUUUUUACAAUGCAUGAUUUUGCUUCUACCCAUAUGAAAAACAUAAACAUAAAGUAUUAUCUAGAUUUUGUUAAGCACUUCAUUUGAACACGUAAUGCUUUCUUUUUAUUUACUUGCUCUUAUUUUGAAAUUCACAGCCCUACUUUGAUUUAGUAUGUGAGAAAACACACAGAUGUGCUCAUUUGAUUACCCAGGCAGAAUUUGUAAAUUUAUUUUUAUUUUAAUGGCAUUCAAAUUAAACUGUCAAGCAUUUCAGAAAACCAUUAUCAAUGAACAAAACAUAACCAUAAAGAAAUUAAUGAUUGUUGUUGUUCAGUCAACAGUCGUAUUUUAAAAAACAAUAUUUCACAAAUUCUGCCAGGGUAUGUAAACCUAUGAGCACAACUGUACAUAUUAUGCUGUCAUAUUGGAAUGAAAGUGUAGGCUACACCUUUUUCUUAGCCUCUCGGUGGCGCUGGCUUAUUAGAAUGAAUAGAUUUGCAAAACUACUGUUUUGCAAAUCAUUGUAUUCUAUUUUUAUUUAUGUUUAACACAACUUCCCAACUUCAUUGGAAUUUGGGGUGUACUAUAAGAGAUAACAAUGCGAUACAUUACCGUAUCAAUAUUUUGUCUUUCUUAGAAAAUAUUGCGUUAAAAAGAUAUUAGAUGCUCAUGUAUUGAUAAUGAUACAAUGCAGACAGUACUGUAUUGUUAUUUUGUCCUUGCCCCUACUGACCAUGAGCAGAAAAUAGUGCUUGCAAAAGUCAGCGCCUUCAUUUGAUAGAGGCAAAAUGUAUCAUUGUGAUAACUGUUGUAACUUGACUGCAUUCAGCCGAGAGCAGUUUUGACAACCCACGUCGACAAAUCAUCCGCCGCUGGCACUGCAUAAUUCAAAAAUCCGCCUUACUCCAGUUUCCUUUUCGCCCCUUCCGUAAUCUGCUGAUGUUUCCGCGGUCGUCGAGGCAACGAGGCAUCACUGACAUUUUGGGAGUUCAUCAUCCUACACACACAAAAAAAACACAAACAAAAAAAAAUCCCAGCGUCUCUGCACCUUUUGCAGCGCCAGUGUGGGAGGUGAUGGUUUGCAUGUGAUUUGGCAAAGGUGAUGCGCACAAAUGUUUCACAUAAAAAUGAAGUUCCAAUUAAUCUUUUGUAAAAACAUAAAACAGAAACUUUGUUUCAGUGAACCCUAACCCAUUUUUAUUAAACAACAAAGAUGACAAAAUAAAUGUGUGAUUUACAAUCUUUAAUGACCCUAGCGUACAUGUUUUUGUAAACAUCAAAGAAAAGUAGUUCAAAUUAAGCAAUCACACUGUACGUUUUUGUAAAAUCUAAAAAUGUGUUUGUGAACAUCAAAGAUAAUUUAAAUUCUUUAAUGAACCUAACACGUUUGAAAACAUUAACGACAAUUAUUGAUAAAUAAAAACAGACCAUGUAAAAUCUUAAAUAAACAUAAAUGUUGGUCUUAAACCUAACAUAGAGUACAUGUAUUUUAAACAUCAAAAACAAUUAGUAGAUGAUUCUGCAUCGACCUUUGACACGCUACAUUUUACGCUUGCAGUUUGUUUUUUGUUCAAAUAGCUUUACGAUGUAUUUAAAAAAGUUUAAAAUGUUUUAAGUUUAUUUGACAAACUAUACAUACAAUACAUAUACAUAUAUACAUAUAUAUACAUAUACAUACAUAUAUAUAGUAUAGUCUCAGUACUGUAUAUUGCAUAUUUUCACCAAUUUGGAUGAACAGGUCAGAGCACUGGCACGCCUAUCGAUUAUUCCAAACUAUUUUCGGAGUCCGCCCGACAGGUAUUUUUACGAGUUUAAAGAAAUUCACUUUGUAUUUUGCGCCAGAUGUUGCAUCACCGCAGAGCAUCUGCUCCCUCAGCUGCCCGUGAAAAGAAUUCUCCCCUUCUAAACGUGCUCUGCUUUUAACUCUUAAAAAAACAACAACAACAAAAAAACAACUACAAAAAACACGGUGGGCCGGGGACAGCCACGUGCCAGCCGCCAGACCUGAUGUCGUUACUGGCAAAAAAUAAUAAUAAUAAAUGCACGUAGAUGCGGUAUGAGGCAGGUGUAUAGAAUAUGGCAGUAUGCAUAAUAACCCUCACAAAAACUAGAUUGACUGCAGUGAACUUCAAAUGCCUUAUAAGCCAAAUUUAAAAUGUUCCUCAGCACAAAUAUAUGCAAAGAUGUGCUCCCCCCCGCCUCCCACGUGAUAAUAGGUUCCACGGGAAAAUAGGAAAUAUUGAACUUGUGACACAAACAAAAAACCUCACACACCCCCCCAAAAAAUCUCACCGCCCCCCAAAAAUACUCACACACCAAAAAAGCUCUCGCCGCACUCAAGAACCUCUCACACGUACCCAAAAACUCACAUUUAACAGUAAAACUCACACACAAUAAAACAGUCACACUCAGCAAAUAAUCUCUCACACACACACCAAAACCUUAAACACACAAAACACCUUAAAAAAAACUCAUAUCCACCAAAAGCCUCACACGCAUACGCACACACAAAAUAUUCAUACACAUCCAAAAAAAACCUCUCAUGUCCCAAAAACCUCUCUCACACACACACUCAAAAAACUCAUAAAACAAAAUACUCUCGCACACGUGCCCCCAAAAUAACCUCCCACCAUAAAACACCAAACAAAUCUUUCACACCUACCAAAAAACCUCACACACAAACCUCUAACAAAAAACCCUCAUACCCACCAAUAACUUCUCACAUGCAAAACACUCUCUUCCCCCCGCAAAAAUCUCUCACACAAGUCCCAAAAAAAAACUCACAGCCACAAAAAAAAGAACGCUGACACACUCCAAGAAACUUUUGCACACAACAAAAAAACUCUCACACAUACAGAAAAAUGUCACUCACACCACAAACCUCUCACAUUCUCUAAAACCCUUCUCACACAUAUAAAAACACACACAACAAAAAACCUCUCACGUACAAAAAACUCUCACAAUCAUCCAAAAACUCACUCACUCACGAAACCUCUCACACACAUCAAACCUCACAUUCCCCAAACACUGUCUGUCUGUCUCUCUCUCUCUCUCUCUCUCUCUCUCUCUCUCUCUCACUCACUCACUCACCCACUCACGAAACCUCUCACACACAUAAAACCUCAUGUUCCCCAAAAACUCUCUCUUUCACACACACAAACACAAAACCCCUCCAUACAAAAGAAACCUCACAAAAAGCGUCAGCGGGAAGCAGAGUUGCACCUCAACUUGUGUGGGCAGCAUUCAUCUAAUCAAUAGCGCAACAGUGUUCAAACUGGAGUUCAGAACAUUCAGCACCCGAUUGAAAUCGAAUUUCACGCAAUUAAAUGCCAUAUCGAUGAGACAUGAUUUCUGUAUGCCGCAGUGGGUUUCUCUUUCCUGUCAUCACACCUGAGAUCACACCUGAGAAGCGACAGCAGGUCAACGCUAAAAGGGUACGUGGUGCCCCCCCCGCCCCCCUCCCAAAAAAAUAUUUGCAUAUUGAUAGCGGCCAAUUAAUUAUGCGUCUAUAUACUCCUGUGGCUGAGCUCUUAUUUAUCUCCCCCUGCCGCCAAAUUAACAUACAAAACGAGGUCAAAAGUAAUCAAGCAUCAAAUAAGUGUUCAUUUUUAUUUUUUUAAAGUCUCAUGAGUGACAAGCAGCGAGUGAGUGACAAGUGGAGGAAAAAAAAUAGAAAACGUGGAUUUUUAGGGUGUUGUCUUUCCACUCACGCACAAUUGGAGUUAGGAUAAAUCAAUGAAGCUGAUUUUUGGAGUGUUUACAAAACUAUUCAUCACACCUAUCCACAGUGAAGUUUUUUUUUUUUUUUUUUUAACCACCCAACACUUUUGUGCGGCAAAAUUGCUGGUAUCACGCCCUAACUUUCUGCAACUUUGACCUAACUUUGACUGUAUCGAGGCUAGACUGCUAACAAACUUUUUUUUUUUCAAGAUAAAGGGGAUAAAGGUGAGCAGAAACAGGGACUGCGGGUUAAUUACACGGCAGGCACAUUAAAAUUUAAGCUGAAUACUAAUUUAAAUAGUUUCAUCUUUUCAAUAUGACUGAUGCAGUAAUAAUGAAUUUGCCAGUUAGAACUGCCUGAAAAAAAGGUCACUCAAUCGUUCGAUUUCUUUUUUUUUUGGGGGGGGGGUGAAAAAAUACUAUUAUUCAUAAAUAUAAUUAUUUAAAAAUGUACCAUCAAGGAAUUUUU